GCACUAUUUUGAUGGAUUUAUUGGAAUAUGUUCAGAAAUUACUUAAAAGUGGAGAUAGUUCUCAACAGCAACAAGCCCAUCAAUUACAAGCCAUUUUACAAAAUAGUCCAAUUAAAAACGAACAACAAUCCAACAAUUCUAAACUUCCCUGGAUAAUUGGCGGGGUGGCAGUGAUUAGUUUAGCAGUAAUGAAUAUGACAAUUAAUAAAAUUAACGAAAUUGAUGAAACUAAAUCGGAAACAGAAAAAAGCCUCAAAAAAGUUAACAAAAUGCGUGAAAACCCUCAAAUAACUCAGCAAGAAAAAGAUAAUUUAACUAGCAUGAGAAAUAAAUGUCUAGCCUUAAUAAUUGAGUGUGUUUUCACAAAAUAUUAUCUUAAUCAAGAAGUAGAAGAAUUGAUGAAAAAUAAUAAUAUGUCUAAACCACGCUUUUUUACUGGCAUUCAAGCCACCGGCACCCUGACCUUGGGAAAUUAUUGUGGGGUAAUCAGUCAUAUUUUAAAAAUCCAAGACGAUUACGAAGUAAUUAUUAUGGUUGCCGACUUACAUUCCUUAACUAUUCCCAAACCUAACUUUGAUUAUCGCCAGAAAACUUACGAAAUCGCCUCCCUUUUUUACGCUUGUGCCCCUUUUACUACGGUAAGUGAAUUAAAUAAUAUGAUUCAAUAUAAAGAAAAAAAGAAAGAACAAGAAACUGGAAAUUUAGCUUUAUUAUCCUAUCCCGUCUUAAUGGCGGCAGAUAUUUUUCUUUAUGAUGUGGAUUUAAUUAUUGUCGGACAAGACCAAACUCAACAUCUUGAAUUAGCCACCGACCUUGCCCAAAAGUUUAAUAAUUUUUAUGACAAAAAACUGUUAAAAGUUCCUCAAUUUACUAUCCCUCGCUUUGGAGCCAAAAUCAUGGGACUAAAAAAUCCGCAAAAAAAAAUGUCAAAAAGCGAGAAUGAUUAUAUUGCUUUAUUGGAUAGCCCCGAAAUGAUAAAAAAAAAAAUUAGCCAGGCCGAAACUGAUAGUGAAAAUAAAAUUUAUUAUGACCCCGAAAAAAAACCAGGAGUUUCUAAUUUAUUAACCAUUUAUGCCUUAUUAAGUGGCAAAGAAAUAAAGGAGGUAGAAAAAGAAUUAAGCAAUUGUAAUUAUCACCAAUUUAAGGUUAAACUUGCUGACUUACUUAACGAAAAAUUGGGAGCCAUUCAAAAAAGAUAUAAUCACUACCUUUCUAAUGUUGGGGAGAUAUUAGAAAAUAAUAAUAAGUAUCUGAAAGGCCUAGCCGAAACAAAA